UCCCCGAACUCUAAAACAAGAAACGGAAAACACAACCCUAGAAUUUCAUUUUUCAAAUGUUGCUUCAUCAGUACCAUUUAUCAUCUCCGUUCCCAAUUAACACGCUAAAUUCAUCCCAAAAUCUCUUCCUCUUUUCAAAAUCCAACAAAACAAGCCCUAAUUUCUCAAAACCCUUUGUUACAAAUUCCUCUAAUACUUCCAUUACAACCAAAGCAGAAACUGUCAGUAAAACAGCAAUCGAAAGAAUCGCAGAAAAGCUUCGUAAUCUUGGAUACAUUGAAGAAAAUAAGGAAAACCCAGAACACAAAAUCAAUAAUCAUACUGGUACAGCUGGAGAGAUAUUCCUUCCGUUCACUCAAAAUCUACCUAAACAACGCGUUGGUUAUACUAUUGAUACUAGUUGGAGUACACCUGAAAACCCUGUACCAAGACCGGGUUCGGGAAAUGCGAUAUCGAGGUUUAGGGAAUUGAAAAGACAAGUUGUGAAGGAGAGAAGAGUAGAAAGAGAUGAAAAUGAGAAGUUGAGAGAAGAGAAAGUACCGACAUUGGCGGAGCUGACUAUUCCUCAACAUGAAUUAAGAAGGAUUCGGAAAGUUGGGAUUGAGUUGAAGAAAAAGUUGAAGGUUGGGGUUGCUGGGAUUACUGAAGGGAUUGUGAAUGGAAUUCACGAAAGGUGGAGAAGGUCAGAAGUUGUUAAGAUUAAGUGUGAGGAUCUCAGUAAGUUGAAUAUGAAGAGGACUCAUGAUUUAUUGGAGAGAAAAACUGGAGGUUUGGUUGUCUGGAGGUCUGGGAGUAUUAUUAUCUUAUACAGAGGGGCCAAUUACGUAUAUCCGUAUUUCCUGACUACAAACACAACAGAUGACACUUCUGGUGAUGAGUUAGUCUCAUUACCUAAUGGGAACGAUGGAGUUACUGUCGAUGAAGAGACAAACUUAGUCUGCACAGACAGUGUAAAAUCUGGUUUACCAAUCGUGUCCAACAGAGAGGCAGGCAAAGCAUUAGUGAAAGGUGUUGGUUCUCCAAAUAAAGUGCGGUUUCUACUGCCUGGUGAAGCACAGAUUCUAGAAGAAGCUGACCGUAUGUUGGAUGGACUUGGCCCGCGUUUUAUUGACUGGUGGGGAGUUGAGCCAUUACCCAUUGAUGCUGAUCUUCUACCGGCUAUCGUCCCUGGUUACCGGAGACCCUUUCGCCUUCUUCCAUAUGGGAUAAAGCCCAAGCUAACUGAUGAUGAGAUGACCAUUUUAAGGAGACUUGGCCGCCCUUUACCAUGCCAUUUCGCCCUGGGGAGAAACAAGAACCUUCAGGGAUUGGCUGCUUCAAUUGUGAAACUCUGGGAAAAAUGUGAGAUCGCCAAAAUUGCUGUGAAGAGAGGAGUCCAGAACACUAAUAGUUUGAUGAUGGCUGAAGAGUUAAAGCGGCUGACUGGAGGAACACUUCUAUCUAGAGACAAGGAAUUCAUUGCCCUCUACAGAGGAAAAGAUUUUCUCCCACCUGCAGUUUCUACAGCCAUAGAAGAUCGAAGAAAACCCAGAAUUCAUAGAGAUAAACACACGACACAUGGACACUCAUCCACUGAGAUAAGUCCUAGUCUUGCCUCCAAGGCAGAAAAUUCUACUUCUGCUGGUGAAUUCCAUGAGAAGAGUGUCCGAAAGGAAAGGAAGCCAAAGUCAACAAACGCAGUUAUGGAAAACACAAGCUCUAAGCUGUUCACGGUGUUAGCAAAGAAGGAGAAGGCAGAAAAGCUUCUAGCCAAGUUAGAGAGUGAAGCAGAGGCCCGAGAACCAGAAGUGGAUCGAGAGGGUGUUACAGAAGAAGAAAGAUACAUGUUGAAGAAGGUUGGGUUGAGGAUGAAGCCGUUCUUAUUGUUGGGAAGAAGAGGAGUUUUUGAUGGGACCAUUGAAAAUAUGCAUCUCCACUGGAAGUAUAGGGAGCUUGUGAAGAUAAUGGCUAGUGCCAGGGGACGUGAAGAUGUUUAUGGUGUAGCAAAGACAUUAGAAGCUGAAAGUGGUGGAAUAUUAGUGGCGGUGGAGAGAGUAGAUAGGGGUUAUGCAAUAAUUGUGUACAGAGGGAAAAAUUACCAGCGCCCUGCUGAUUUAAGACCUCAGACACUCCUAAAUAAAAAACAAGCAAUGAAGCGCUCUCUAGAAGCACAGCGCUGCGAGUCUUUGAAGCUUCAUGUCUUGAAGCUUGCCCAGAACAUUGACGACUUGAAAGUUAAGUUGGUUGAAGAAGAGUUAGAAAACUGCAAAAUAAACCAUGAGCCAUUAACAGAACAACAGAGAGAGAGAACCCAGUUUGAAGUGGCUCAGGUGAGUCAGGUCAAAGAAGAGUCAGAAGACUUGGAAAUAAACCACGUGUCAUCAACUGAAAAACAAAGAGAAACUACCCAGUUUAAAACCAGUGACAGCCUUGGUUCAGUUGUAAAACCCCAAAUUCAAAAGAAUGCUGGUUCAGUGGAAUUUACCGACAGCCCUAAGGCUAUGGAAGCUCAUGUAUCUUAUUUAACUUCCUUGCCAUCGGACCAGUCAAUGGAUGACCUUGAAGAAGACACUCAUCUGGAAAAACUGAUGAACUACACUCCAGAGUAUGAAGAAUUUGAUAAUACUGACCUAGAAUCUAAGCCUGAAGAAGUGGUUAGAGAAAUCCAUUCUGUAAACUUUCAAGAAAAGUUGGAAAGAAUCCAUGAAGAUUCUUUUCGUGGGAAUGUACGGUUACAAGGUGAUGCAGCAUGUGCGGUCACUGAUAAAGCUGAGGGUUAUGCUUCUGAGCCAGAGUCUGUGGAAUCGUCAGUUGAACCAAGGAAAAAUCAACUUGAAUCAUCAGUUCAGGGAGACAAAGAACAAAGGGGUUCAAAAGGAGUUCGUUUUAGAGCACAGCCCCUUUCCAACCGAGAGAGGCUGAUUUUAAGAAAGCAGGCUUUGACAAUGAAAAGGCGUCCUGUUCUUGCAAUUGGGAGGAGUAACGUCGUCACAGGUGUUGCAAAGGCAAUCAAGACACACUUCCAGAAAAAUGCUCUUGCUAUAGUGAAUGUCAAAGGAAGAGCCAAGGGGACUUCUAUUCAAGAAUUGGUUUUCAAGCUGGAGAAAGCAACAGGUGCUGUAAUGGUCUCCCAAGAGCCUAACAAAGUAAUACUAUACAGGGGAUGGGAAGAGGGAGGAGAGGAUCCGCGAGGUGGAGUUACAAAGGGUAAAGCAUAUUCAAAAAAGUCGUCAGGCAGAGUUGCUCGUAAUAAGAAUGUAGUUUCUCCUGAGCUGAUGGCGGCGAUUAGGCUCGAAUGUGGACUGGCAAGUAGCAAAGAAGCAACUUAAAAGAUAUGAAUCUGUUCCUCAAUUGAAAAGGUAAUAGUGCCAUUCUUCAUGCUUGUAUCUACCAGUGUCUAUGUUGUACUUAUAAGGUGUCCAAGUCCGAUUUUGGUCACCCUUUUUUUACCAUGGGUGACAUACCCACAACAGAAAAGAAAACAUUAAACUAUGCCAUGAUCAUAUGAACCCUCUGUGCUGUGGAUGUGUUCACUCUUGUUCAGAGAGUGAGUUAGCGAAGUCAAGAAGUCAAAACGAGAAUUAUUCCUAGGAUCAUGUAUUGUGGGUCCAAAUGGAGCAAUGUAAGAAAGUUACAUGGAAAAGCAAUGGAGUGUGUAUAUUCAAAUCUCUA